UUCGGGAAUUGGAGGGCCUUCUGCUCGAACGUCAGACUGGUUCUAUUUAGGUUUAUUUGGAGCAGUGAUAAUUCAGAAACACGCGUGAGAGAACUUUAUUGUGAUAAUUUACUACUUACUUAUUAAUAAACAUGUCGCAAAUAAAGACAGUGCUUGUAAUCUACACCGGUGGUACUUUUGGGAUGCUGAAAAAUGAAAAAGGAGUACUUGUGCCACAAAAGAACAUCGAGAAGGUAAUUAGGCGCCUGCCACAACUACACGACGAAGAUUACUACAGAACAUAUCUCGCUAACUCGGAGAAAAAGGAAUACCUCGCUCUGCCAGACGGAAAAGACACAGAAUUGAAGAUUUUAUACAAAAUCCUCGAGUACGAAGAACUAAAGGACUCUUCAGACUUCACUCUCGACGACUGGAUCAAGCAGGCGAGGGAUAUCAAGAAAUACUACCACGACUAUGACGGCUUCGUGGUCUUACACGGGACCGACACGACAGCGUACGGUGCUUCCGUGCUGUCAUUCAUGUUGGAGACGGUCGGGAAGACCGUCGUGCUGACUGGAGCUCAGGUGCCCAUUUUCCAGCCACGCAGUGACGGCAACAACAACCUUUUGUGUGCGGUGCUGAUCGCCGCUACUCAGCGUAUUCCUGAGGUCACGGUGUUCUUUGGCGCCAAAUUAUUCAGGGGAACAAGAGUAAAGAAAGUGUCAAACACCCGAAUCUACGCCUUCGACACCCCAAACUACCCUCCGAUCCUAGAGGCCAGAACAACCCUGGACGUAGACCCUAAGAUGCUGAUCCACCCGCCCGGCUCCGUGCCAGACGAGUGCCGGAUCCACGACCGGCUUAGCCGGAAGGUCUACACGCUGAAGGUCAAUCCCACUAUUACCGCUGAGGUCAUCAGAUCUGUGUUCCAAGGAAUGGAAGGAGUCGUGCUAGAAACGUACGGCAACGGCAACAUCCCGAUCAAGCGUAAGGAGAUAUAUCAGGAGAUCGAGCGUGCGGUCAAGAACAAUGUACUCGUCGUCAAUGUCACGCAGUGCAUCAAUGGCACUGUUCAGGGGAAGGCCAUUUAUGAGACCGGACUGUUGCUGGAGGAAUGCGGAGUGGUGCCAGCGUUCGAUAUGACGGCAGAGGCGGCGUGGGCCAAACUAUGCUACGUACUCUCCAAGACUGAACUCAGCUACCAGCAGAAAGUCGAGUUGAUGAAGACGAACAUUCGGGGCGAGCUGUAUAAUCCGAACCACGUUGCUGUCAACUGUGUGUGAUUAAAUUCUUUAUCCUAAAAAUUAUAUGUUAUGAUAAUGUUUAUUAGAAGAACAUAGGCACACAUGCAAAAUAUGCAUGUGGGUCCUCGAAUAGGAAAUUGACAAAUAAAAACUACUACUUAGACUUACCUA